UUGACCCAACCCACUUAUUUCUUCAAAACUUAAAACCUUUGCUAACUUCAUGCAAAAUCCAACUUGGAACUUAUUUAUUACAAAAAUUGACAUGCAAAAACAUCAACCUUCUAUGACCAUAACUAAGAUUUCCUAUAAUCCCUCUCCAUCACUCACUUCCAUCCUUUUGUUCAAUCUGUUUUUCACUCUCUUUCUUUCUUUCUUUCUUUCUUUCUUUCUUUCUUUCUUUCUUUCUUUCUUUCUUUCUUUCUUUCUUUCUCUCUCUCUUCUCUCUCUCUCUCUCUAAACAUUUUGUUUCUACAAUAUACCAAAACCCUAUUAUCCCUCAAUCUUCUUUUCUUCAAUGGGGAACUGUUGUUCCCAAAAAGAACCACCAACACAAGACGGGCCCACAAAUUCGGGUGACAACAAUGGACAAACAUCCCAAAACUCGCAAACCACCCCUCAAACGGCAUCCCCAUCACCCACCGCAAACGCUGGCAAGCCGUCCCCUAUUGGCACGGUCUUAGGACGUCCAAUGGAGGAUGUCCGCACAUCUUACACAAUCGGUAAAGAGCUCGGACGAGGCCAGUUUGGUGUCACCCAUUCAUGCACAUGCAAACAAACAGGCGAGCAAUUUGCAUGCAAAACAAUAGGCAAACGUAAACUUUCAACCAAGGAAGAUAUGGAUGAUGUUAGAAGAGAAGUUCAAAUCAUGCAUCAUUUAAGCGGUCAGAAGAAUAUCGUGGACCUUAAGGGUGCGUAUGAAGACAAGCAUUCGGUUCAUUUAGUAAUGGAGUUAUGCGCCGGUGGUGAGUUGUUUGAUCGGAUUAUUGCGAAAGGUUAUUAUACCGAAAGGGGUGCUGCAUCAUUGCUUAGAACAAUUGUUCAAAUUGUGCAUACUUGUCAUUCAAUGGGGGUUAUUCAUAGAGAUCUAAAGCCUGAAAACUUUCUUCUUUUGAAUGGUGAUGAAGAUGCUCCUCUAAAGGCUACGGAUUUCGGUCUCUCAGUUUUUUACAAACAAGGUUAUGCAUAUACAUAUACAUAUAUGAAUUUCAUAAUGUUGUAAGUCAAAUGUAGGAUCUGAAGAAGAUAUAAUGAUUUCAAUGCAGGUGAGGUAUUUAGUGAUAUUGUUGGAAGUGCAUAUUAUAUUGCACCAGAAGUUUUGAAAAGAAAUUAUGGUCCAGAAGUUGAUAUUUGGAGCAUUGGUGUCAUGUUAUAUAUUCUUCUUUCUGGAGUUCCUCCUUUUUGGGCUGGUAAGGUAGAGAUUCCCUAUGUCAAAAACGAAUAACGAGGGGCGGACCCAAGUGCCUUGGUGGGUAAGCAGACGCACCUCUUGAAAAAAAAAAUAUUUAGUGUAUUUUUUUAGGCAAAAAAGCUGACUGUACCUUUGAAAUUAUGGUUGAACGCGUCAUCUGCACCCAUAUCAAAUAAUUCCUGGGUCCGCCACCGCGAAUAAUCAUGCAUUCAUUAACGAAAAAGUCACCAAAAUUGCCGUCUUCACCUAUAAGUUUGCGAAAAUAGACUUGAAGUUUAAAUUUUUUCAAGCAAACAGUGCUUAACACGUGUCCAUUGGCGCAACAGAUCAAUUCUCAUGCGCCAUAUACAUCACCACCUUUCUGAAAUUGGUGCAACAGAUCCGUGCAUGGCGCUAGAGAUCCACACUACCAACCACCAAGUUGCAAUCUCAAAUCGAAUUGCCGUCUCCAAGAGAAUCUAGAGCAGUACACUUGCCACGUGAAAGUUUCUGGUUUGCUGAAACAAUUUCUUAAUCAAACAAAAAUCAAAUGAUAUUUUUGUAAAAUUAAAAAAAAAAAAACCAAGAAUAUUAUAUUUUGUUAUGUUAUGCCAAUUGUAAAGAUGGCCAUUUUAAUGAAUUUCCCUUGAUAAAACCUUCAAAAGCUAUAUAUUAACUAAAUUUUAUGUUAUUACAGAAUCCGAGCACGGGAUAUUUAAUGCAAUCUUACGUGGGUAUGUCGAUUUUACAAGCGAUCCAUGGCCUACGAUAUCUUCUCAAGCUAAAGAUCUAGUUAGGAAGAUGUUAAAUUCAGAUCCUAAGCUACGGAUAACCGCACAACAAGUGCUUUGUAAGUAGUAAAUAAACAUGAAUCUAUCGGUGUUCAUAAUCGAUAUGAAUCAAACGAAAUAUUUCACGUUAUAAUGCAUAUAAAAUUCAGUAUGAGCGAUUAAAUAUCGUUUCUAUUUUUUUUUCUCUAGCUCACCCGUGGAUAAAAGAAGACGGCGAAGCACCCGAUACACCACUUGACAAUGCUGUUAUGGGAAGGCUAAAACAAUUUAGAGCGAUGAACAAGUUCAAAAAAGUUGCUCUCCGGGUACUUACUACAUCUCCAACUAGCUUUGAUA